CUAACCACAGUAUCUAACGUAGCUAGCUUAUUCUCCUGGGUUUGAGUAGCUCAAGAAAAACAAGAUCCCUUAACGUGCACAUUUUCAUGCAAUAAAGUGACGGCAGUUAGUAUGCUCGCUAGGCUAGUAGACGAAAACGUACCGACAGUAUUUACGUUGACUGAAUGUUUUUUAUGGGCAGUGGGAAACUCCUCUCGCGUGCAAUGUUGUUGUUGAAGCGAAAGGCAGCUAACGUUAGCUAAGCAAGAUCAACAGAAACCGUUAUCUGGCUAGUUCCCUAAGCAACUAGCUUUGAAACCUAAUGGAAAUGUAGUUUUACGUGAAGAGUUGUGAUUUAUUUUAAUUUAACGUCUCUUCAGCACACAAUUCUCACUUGAAGAGUACCCUUUGGGAUUUAGUUAGAGAUUGGUGGUGGAGGCUGUCUCUGAUGUUCAGCCAUGGAUGAAGAGGACAGCCAGGAUGAGCUGAUAAACCGUAAUGCCUCCCAUGGGAAAGGAAAGCGACCAGCAGUGUGGGCAAUCUCUGAUGAAGACAGUGAUGGAGGUGGGGAAGAAUCUGAGGGAGUGUCGGACAGUGGUGGUGGUGGGGAUGAUGAUGAUGAUGUUGAUGACGAGGAAGACAAUCUUGAAGAUGAUGACGAUGAUGAGGAAGACGACGACAGUGAUGAUGGAGAAGAGGAGGACGCUGGCGAGGUGGUGGUGGGCGCAGUGGGGGGAGUGUCUUCUGAAUUGGCAGAUUUAAGCUCAGAUGAGGACACUGAGAAAUGCCCCAUCUGCCUCAAUUCUUUCCAUAGCCAGCCUGUGGCCACACCAGAAAGCUGCGAACACUAUUUCUGCCUUGACUGCAUCCUUGAGUGGUCCAAGAAUGCAAAUUCCUGUCCUGUAGAUAGAAAGGUCUUUAAUAACAUCUACCUGAGAAAAUGUUAUGGCGGGAAAGUGCAGAAAAUGAUCACCGUGCAGAAGCCAGUGAAGGAGGGCCAGGAAGAGGUGAUAGACCUGGAGCUGGAACAGACUAGCUGUGAGGUGUGUGGGGGGAGCGAUCGUGAAGACCGUCUGUUGCUGUGUGACGGCUGUGAUGCAGGGUACCACAUGGAGUGCCUGACCCCUCCGCUGGAUGCUGUACCUGUUGAGGAAUGGUUCUGUCCGGAGUGUCUAGCCAAUGGCCGCCAUUUAACGGAGGAGCAGAGCGACACAGAGAGUCUGGGCAGCACCCGUCCCACCACAAGCCGCUCUCGCCCUCCAAUGGCCGGCCCCACCAGAGCCAUCGCCCGCACCCAGCAGAGCGAAAGAGUCCGUGCCAGCGUCAACCGCCACCGCAUCACCCAGGCACGCACUGCACAGAUCACCCCCAGUUUUCUGAUGCCACAGUCCACCUGGCUGGAUGAAACCAUCAAUGCUGUUGUGGCAGGACUCAACACAGCUGUUUACAUACGGGACCUCACCCCUCGUGCUCCAUCCAGCCGAACACGCAGGACAGUAAAACGCAGGAAAGGGAAGAGUAAGAGGUCCUGGUCUGCCACGGGUGGUAAGGGCAAAGCUGCAGGCACAGGGUUGAAGAGGAAGAAACGGAGAGGAAGAAGGACCAAGUCCAGAAGGAAACUGGUGGUGAAGAAGGAGCCUACAUCUCGUGGUCGUAUAGCUCGUAGCCUGGGGAUAGGGAAGCCCCAACGUGGCUCGUCUCUUCCGUCUGUGUACCGGCCUACAGAAACCUCCCUGGGCAGUAUGAGAGCUGACAUAGGAGCUGCUUCGCUCUCUGUCUACGGAGACCCCUAUGAUCUGGACCCCUUUACUAACAGAGAGGAUGAGGAGGAGCAAGCCAUGUCCAAGACAUCACUGCUGGAGGCCAAGAGACGUGGGUUAUCACGCUCCGCCCUCCGCUCACACCAACCUGUGGCUCGGCCAAUCACUGCUGGCCUCUCCAGGCGGGGCCUGAACUUGCCCCAGGUGGAGGAGGUGGUGGAGGCGGCCCCAGUGCCUGACCUGCUGGGCAGCAUCCUAUCAGGACAGAGCAUGCUGCUGAUGGACAGCUCCGAUGUGAUCAUCAACAGAGAUGGAUCCCUCAAAGCCAUCAAACCAGUAGGUGAGUCCUGUAAGCCGGGCAGCAGCAGGAACAGCAGCUCUGGUGAAUCAGUAGCUCCGCUCCACCCAGGGAUGUCCCCUAACCCAGCAGCCAUCUCCCUUUCACUAUCUGCUACCGCUGAACUGCUGGGAGGACCCUCCUCCUCUUCCUCCCACAGUUCCCCGGGUCCCUGUCUGUCCCCUGUCCCUGCCUCAUCGCCCCGCCGGCCCAGUCACAGCCAGACCCAGCCACCCCUCGGUCACCCACGCCUGCUGCCCGCGGCCCCCCGUAUACCCAGCCCUAGCUCUGGACACAGCCACUGGGGCGCCGGUAAUGUACGAAUCGCCCACAAGACCAAGAGUGGAGCCGUCUCUACCUCCCCCAGUACCCACGACUCUCACUCCAGAGGGUGGGAGGCGGUACCACCACAGCCCGAAGCUAAGAAGGCUGCUCCAAAACCAGUGUGGGAGGCACCGGUGUCAUUACUUCCCAGGAUACCAAAGAUCAAACGGGAGAGUGGUGGCCUAUUGAAUGGCCUGGCCAGCAGGGGGGGCAGCAGUUGUAGCGGUGGUGGUGCUGACGUGGUCCCUGAGGCCUGUGUGAACAGCCUGGCUGGUAACAGGGGCAGGCAUCCAGGCACGGACAGACCGCAGCAGCAGGGCAGGACUGGGGGCCAGAUCCAGAGACCCGAUAGAGCAGGCUCUGCAUCCACCUUCUCCAGCUCUUUCUCCUCAACCUCCUCCUCUGGCUCUCCAGCCAACCCCCCGCGCUCCUUUUCGGCCUCAUCGUCGUCCACGGUGUGUUUUCGCAUCAACACCAGCGGCAGUGUGUGGCACGCCCGACAGGUCAGCAACGCACCAGCCGUCUUUGCAGCUGGCGACAGUCCAGAGCGAGCGGAGGAAGAGAAGGUGAGGAGGAAAAGAGAGAAGAGCAGGAGCACAGCCAAGCCCCCGGCCUCAGACAGACAGGUUAAAGAAGAGGAGGGGGAGGGGGACAUGUACGACCCCUUUCACCCCACAGGGUCUGACUCCAACGCCUCGGACAGCGAAACCGAUCGGCAUGCUGGGGGGAAACCAACCGGGCGAGGAAAGGAAAGGGCCAGCCACCAGCUGAAAGCUGAGGUGCUAGAGAGUAGCGUGUCACUGGAGAGGGAUGAGGGCUCAGGAGACGGCGUGGUGAAGGGAGAGCCAGAGAUCUCCCACGCUACAAGGCCCGGUCGCAGCCCACACAAUGCACCCAGGUCUGGGAUGACCGGUGCCAGCACUUCCCUGUCCCAGAGCCAGGUCACAGUGAAGAGAGAGAGGAAUGAGCCGGCCGGUGACAAUGGGCCUCACAGGCAAACUGGCAGCGGUAGAAGCACUCAGGACGACAGGACUCCUCAGUCCUCAUCCAACUCAGGCUCCUGCCACCUCAGCAACAACUUGGUGAAGACAGAAACCAAGUCAGAGCACCAGGACGGCUCCCCAAGGUCCCUGUCCUCAUCUAAAUCUCACUCUAGGCCUUCAGGCCAAGGAAGGACGGUUAAAGAAGAACGGUCUUCCCCAGAGCAGCUGAAUGCCUCAGGCAACCCGGAGACAGACAGGAGGAGAGACAAGGCCUCAGAGCAGCCAGAGAGGAAGAGAGUCCAUCAGGGGAGCAGGGAAGGAGGCCAGGUUGAGGAAAGGAGGUCCUGGUGUUCACAGUCGAGGGAGAGGAGGAGGAGUUGUUCCUCAUCGGACAGCUCAAUCUCUGAUGCCUCUGAGAGGUCUGGCAGAAAGAAAAGGCGGUCGAGUUCAUCUAUUGACAGGAGGCGCUCCAGGUCAGAAUCUGGUUCCAGCAGCAGAGAGCGGUCCAAGAGGAGGAGGCAGAAGAGGGGGAGCUGGGAGAGGAAUGAAAGCCGUGGGAGAGAGAGGAAUGACAGCAGAGGGAGGGAGAGAGGCCAACCGUCUAAGGACAAACAGCAUCGCCUGCAGUCUCGCUCGAGGUCCAGGGAGAGGAGGAAAGACCACUCACAACCAUCAUCCUCCAGAUCUAAGGACAGGAGGAGGUCACAAUCCAGAGAGCGAAGGAAAGAAGAGGGAAAAAGAAAACCACCGGUGUCUUCCUCAGCCUCUUCCUCCAAAGACCUUAAGGAACAGACAGAGAAGAAAAAAGCGAAAGCGACCCCCCCUGUCCUAAUCAAACAGGAAAGUGAGACUAAAGAAGAGAGAAAAGAACUAGAUGUGAAACCAGAGAAGCCUUCCUCUUUCUUAGGACUUCAACCUGCUUCAGACGUGGGAAAGGAGACUGACAGCAGUGAUGUUGGAAUGGAGACACAGGCCUCUAUCUCAGAAAAACUGCUCAAGGAGUCUAAGCUCCUCAGAGAGAUAAAAAUAGAGAAAUCAAAUGUCGUUGAUUUGUUUGAAGACUCACUGGAUAGUAAACCAAUCAAGAAAGAGAAACCUCUCUCAAUGUUCAGCACCUUCAAGGACUUACAAGAGCCCAGGGAGAUGAAGAAAGGAAACCCUCCCUCCCUCAUAAAGGAGGCAUGCUCACUCCCCACAUCAGACAUGGCAGAUGAUAAAGGUCUGGUAUUGAAGGAAGAGACCCACACUGAACCCAUCUGCCCUGAGCUGUCUCAACCUCUAACCUCCAACACCCCUGCUCUUCACCGCACCCAACCUGGCCUGCCCACCCUGUUACCACUCAACACCAACCCUGUCCCUGCUCCUCCUCAGCCAACACUGACUCCAGAGGGCCUGCAGGGGCCCCUGUCCCCUCAUCUUCCAGUAAUGAAAGCCCUUAUAGAGAGCAAGUCACCUGUCCAAGCCAUACCAGUGAAGCGGGAGGUAGAUGAGCCAUUAGACAAUGACAAUGAGGACAUGGUGCUGGACUGCUUGGACUCUGUGAAAAUUGAACUGGUGGAGCCAGCAGGAGAGUCAGGUGAGGCUGGGGUCAAACAGGAGAAGGUGAUAGAGGAGGAGGAGGUGAGGAAGACUGUGGGAGAAGUGGGGCCGGUCAUUGCAGGUGCCAAGGCUAAACCCCCUGUGAAAAGGGUCACCUGGAAUCUACAGGAACCUGAAGGGCCACAGCCAGAGAAGACUGGCAGUAAGCUGGCAAUCUACAAACUGAAGCUGAAACAGGAGGGAGCUCGCAGACCUGCCUUCUCCACACAGGCCUCCAGUCAGGAAACCCCCACGGGGACUGCGUCACUUUCCGGCCCAAAGGUCCUCACUACCAAGAGGGACAGCGUGUCGGUACCGCUUCUCAACACCCCCUCCAGCUCCAACAGCCCAACCCCAGUAGGGGUGUCCAAACCUGGGCAGCGGGAACCCAGUGACGGCCUGGCAGAGCAUGAUGCUCCCAGGACUGAUAAAUACAUAAAGAAGCUCCACAUGCAAGAGAGAGCCAUAGAGGAGGUGAAGCUGGCAAUUAAGCCCUUCUACCAGAAGAGAGACAUCACUAAGGAUGAGUACAAGGAAAUUGUACGCAAGGCUGUCCAGAAGGUUUGCCACAGUAAGAGUGGGGAGAUCAACCCAGUGAAAGUGGCCAACCUUAUCAAAGCCUAUGUAGACAAAUACAAACAUGCCAGGAAACACAGGCAAGCAGAGGAUGGAAAGUCCCAGGAGGCAGAAAUUGAUAGAACAAAUGAGCCAGAGACCCCAUGAGCAUUCUACUUCCCUCCACAAACACUGGAUGCUUCGCCAUACUUGUCUGUUCACACUCCAUUGAUCAUUAAGGUUUUCAAAUCAUGUCACAGGUUGAUGAGGAACUUAAGGGUUUGAGAAAUACUGCCUCUGGGUUGGAGGUGUUCUUGGUUGUUUUUUGGGGUGACAAUGUUAUAAGAUACUUAAGAUACCUGUCCAAAGUUCACAAAUUCAUGGUAUAACCUCUUUAUUUAAAGAUGAUGUGAAGCUAACUUGUGUUUCCAGUGUGGUCUGGUAUUUUUGGAUGAACUAUGACUGUCAAGCAUUGGUUUCGAAUUGGAUUUAUUUAGUUUUACCUGACCAUGCCAAUGUACUUUGUUCUUACUUGCCCUAUUCUCUGACAGGUUGCCACACAGUUUCUGUCUUAAAGAGACAGCUCUUAGUCUAAUAGCAUUUCUUUUAGAGUGGCUGUGGAAAAUGUGAAGCAGCAGUUUCUACCAGCAAUAUGCCCUAUGAGGCAGUGCUGGCUUUUAUGUUGGUAUGUUUUGGGUGGGAGAGGGGUAUUUAUCUGUGGCACAAGUAUUAUUCUAUGGUGCGAGAUUCUCAUUUCCGUCAUUCGAUUAAGAAAAUAAUGCUACAAUGGAGAUAGAUACUGGUAUGCAAUUUUGUAGAAAAUAAAAAAACAAAAGGUUGAUGUAUCUGAUUUUAGAUUGUGUAAAUAUUGAUUUAAAUAUCAGUUUGUAAAGCCUUCUAGUUGAGUUUGCUGUCCGCUGAGAAUUCACAGAUGUAUAUUGUGAAUGGUUUUGGAUUAAAUCUGUUGUUUUUGGGAAGGUCUCUGCUAUGCGGGACUGUGGAAUGGGGGUUGACCAUAUACUGUGGCUCUGCCUCAAUGGCCAGUUUAUUAGGAAUGCCCAUGUAUUACCGGGUUGAACCCCUUAGCCUCAACAUCAGCCUGAAUUCUUCUGGGUCUGGAUUCAUUGCAUUUGGCUAAUGCCAUGGCGUCACACGGUGGUUGCAGGUUGGACAGCUGUCUUUUUGGGUUGAGGUCUUGUGACCACGCAGGCCACUGAAGUGAACUGAACCAGGAUUCAUCAGUUCGGGAAAUGUUUUCUCAACUGUCCAGUGUUGGUGAGAGACAUUGUUUUUAGCUAAGGGAAGUAGAACCGAGUGUAGAGGUCUGCUGCAAUAGUCCAUCCGGGACAAGGACUAACCAGAUGCACAUUCUGAGAUGCCUUUCUGCGCACCACUGUAGCAUUGCUUCUGUAUUUUCCUAUUUAUGGCCAUAAGACAACAGCAUUUUUUGUUUUGCUUUUGGGGUUUCGCCCCAUUCUUGGCAAACUCUUCACACAGUUGUAAUCGUGAAAAGCCCAGGAGGGCAGCCCAGGAGAUAACUUGAACUGGCGUCCCUGGCACCAAUGGUCAUACAGUAUCACACUCAAAGUCGCCCAGGUUCUGGGUUUUCCUGUUCUACCAUUGUCUGACCGCUUUCAGUAGCAAAGCACAGCUAAGCAGCAGCAGUUAAUUUUGUGAAAGGAGUGGGGUACCUAAUGGAUCGUCCACUAAGUGAACACACAACGGCUGUGGUCCUCCAAUUCAGUCAACUCUCUAUUGGCCGAAUACUAACUUGAGCUAAGGGCACAACUCUUCUGUAGACAUCUAUUGAUAAUCAAUUCAUGGUGGUUGAAACAUUAAUGUUUUUGAUAUACGGUAUAGUUAUGUUUGUAAAACAUUUUCUCAAGUUUAGACUAGGCACAAAGUAUCAGCUGGUUGUAAUGCUACUUGGCUAUAGAGUAAUGCAUAGGAAACCUAGUGAGGUGACUUCAAUGAUCCGAUCUGUUGAUUAACUGACUAAUAAUUUGAGUACUGAAAACCAUUUUACACUAGAGGACCAUAGGGAUCACUGGAAUUGAAGUUAAGGGAAUUCUGCACUGUGUUUUCUGUAAUUUCAUUCUUCAAAAUCAAUAGGUUAGUCCAGUCCUAUAUGAGUAACAAGUCCUAAAACACAGCAAUCAUAAAUAUUUUGCAGGCUAAUCAAUGUUCCCAGUUCUUUAUGGAUUCCCAAUUGAUUAUGAAGUCAAUAAUUUUCAAAUUUUAUCUGAAAGAUUUAAUCUGGUUAAAUAAUAAUGUUCUUGACAUUGGUUGGUCAAGACUAGACACAUUUGUACUUUAGAGCAUAAAAAAUGGUAAAGUUAAAGUCCCUAGUCAAGGCCAGGAUGAUUUUGAUGAACACAUGACCUAGAGAGAAAGAAGUCCUAACAAGGGUCCAGAGUAUUAAUUAGUCAGGUGGUCCGGAUGGGAAAAACUCCUGGCUGUUCAAAUACUGUAUGCCAUUAGUACUGGUUGGAACUGAUUGGCUUUCGUCCUGCUAUGGAUACUGUAGACAACUGUACCUGAGAAUAGUUGGCCUUCUCUCAAAUACCUUUUGGAGAUUUCUAUUGAUCUCUUCUAUACGUUUUUAAUUUGCUUACACCAGCCGGAAAAUGUCCCUGCCUCUUUUUGUUAGUCAUUGACAUUUUUGUCUGUGUGUUGUAGAAUUGGUGUGUUGACCUGUUUUGAACUGGCCCUUUUAUGAACCUUGGACUGUAGAUUACAAUUUAUAUCCUUUUUUACCCCUGAGCACUUCUGUAGAUCUGAAGUGAUUGGGUUGGUACUGAUUGGAUGGGUCUAUCAAUGGGAAAGAAUAAGCUGUUACCAAAUGGUGUAUACUAGUUUGGUAAUUAUUAACCUACAGGUAAUGUACAGUAUAGGAAUUGAUCUGUAAUUGACUACUGUUUUUCAGAUCUUGAGUUGUAGGGAUGGGACAACAGGUGCUUAUGUUGUUUGUGUGUGUGUGUAUGUAUAUACACGUAUAUAUUCUUCCAUCUCCGUUUCAGUCAUUUAGCUGACGCCUUAUGAAGAGCAACUACCAGGAACAGUUAGGGUUAAGUGCCUUGCUCAGGACCGCAACAGCUUUUGUUUUCACCUUUCAGGCUUGUGGAUUCAAACCAGCAACCUUUGUUAUUUGCCCAAUGCUCCGCCACUAGGUUAUUUACUGCUCUUAAGUGAUUUGUCUAUGUGAUCACUUCAGAUGCAAUGAUAAGUAAAAUAAAAGUAAUAUUUGUCCCAAUUUA